AUGAGCCUGCAGUACACCAAAAAUGUUCGACUGGCCGGUGAUUUGUCGCAUUUGCUGGCAAUUAUUCUGCUGCUAAUCAAGAUAUGGAAGACGAUAUCGUGUGCUGGCAUUUCUGGCAAAUCUCAGAUUUUGUUCAUGGUGGUUUACAUUAGCCGUUAUCUGGAUAUGGUUACGACUUUUAUUAGCGUUUACAAUACGUGCAUGAAAGUGGUCUUCAUUAGUUCAUCGAUCGCCACCAUCUAUUUGAUGUAUGUCAAGUUUAAGGCGACCUACGACCACAAUCAUGAUUCGUUCCGCAUAGAGUUCCUGCUGGUUCCGUGUUUCGUCCUGGCCCUGUUGAUCAACGCUAGCUUCGAUGCAAUAGAAGUUAUGUGGACGUUCUCGAUCUAUUUGGAGGCAGUGGCCAUCUUGCCGCAGCUCUUCUUGGUCAGCAAAACGGGUGAGGCAGAAAGUAUUACCAGCCACUAUCUCUUCGCUCUGGGUUCCUACCGUGCGCUGUAUCUGCUGAACUGGAUCUACCGAUACUACGCUGAGGGUCAUUAUGACUUGAUUGCAAUUUUUGCCGGAGCAAUUCAGACAAUCCUGUACUGCGAUUUCUUCUAUCUCUACAUCACCAAGGUGCUAAAGGGAAAGAAGCUGCAGCUGCCGGCGUAAAGUGGCCCCACGGCUUGGGAGGUAGGAUGAUAUCUUACACAAUAACGCGGAUUAUUUU